GCUCGCGUGAGAAGACCAAACGAGACAAAAUGGCGGAAAAAUCGAGUGAAAUUUUUUCAGAAAAUGCAAUAAAUCCCUCUGAUGAGGGCAGUAAUACCCCUCCCCAACAUGGUCUAGAUGAGUAUGAUAUUCUACGCAACAGCAGCGAAGAUGAGGUUCUCAUCGAUAAGCCAACUGAGGACGAGGUCGCCCGGAACAAGCCUGAGUCCGUGGAAAAGCCGAACCGACCUCGAGCACUUUCCACAAAAUCUGUGGAUGUCGUGACCAGGGAAAUAACUUGCCCACGCGUAAACUGUCCAGAGAAAAUUGUGAUCUGCUUGGACUUGUCUUCAGAGAUGUCAAGUAUCAUUUUGAGGUCACGAUCAGGUGAUAAAUUUGCUCCAAUUAAACUAGUCAAACGGGCGCUUGGAAUCUUCUGUCACACGAAACACCAGGUCGAUAAGCGACACCAAUUUGCCAUCGUGGUGCUACAUGAACGCGGCAUAUGGGUGCGGCCUUUCACUAGUAAUCCAAAAGAAGUCAUCACCUUCUUGGAUGAUCUGAAUGAUACAUACCCUUGCGAGACGUUUAACCUGACAUCCCUUUUUGAUGAAGUGCAUGCCAACAUCAAACUACCUCAUGUUGAGAAUCCAACGGUUGUGCCGCCUCCUUAUGUUGUCCGGAUGAUUUUGAUUUACGGCCGGUCCCAUUGCAUACCAGAGUUCAAGAAUGGGAGAGAGAGUUACAAGCUACUGCGGUCAUCUCCAUACUUCUUUCUUGACGUCUUCUAUGUGCAUGAACCUCCUUCAGAUGACAAUAAGUGUGAGGAUGUGUUCGACAGCUUAUGUGAUCUUGACGAGCAUGGCUUAUCGUACAUAAUGGAGGUGUCAAAAAAUCUGACGAAACUCUACGACCACAUGAUACAACUAGCCUCCCAUCCAUUACAACGACCACUGCAAAAGGACUGCCAUUAUAAGCUCAAAGAGAGAGAAAGUUGAAGUGAUAUUUUGUCAGCUUUACUGUGAGAUAUUUGUCUGCUUUACUGUAAAUGGUUUACUACAGUAACCCUGUAUCUAAGCAUUGUUUAAUUGACUAUCAUAUCAUGUAAUUGUAAAGGAGAUGUGAUGUAAAACAGUAUUGUAUAAUUGUUUUGUUGUAUUGUACUGUACUAAUGUAUUGUCUUGUUGCAAACAACUGUGAAGUACAAAAAAAUGUACAUUAUGUAAAUAUCAAAAUAUAUGUGCC